AUGGGGCAUUGGGAGGCGCUCAGAAGUGAGGCGCUUGGAAACGGCGAGGUGAAUGAGUCGAAGCCGCUCUGGAUUCUCCAGCAGGUAGCGCUCCUGGCGCUCAAAUGUCCCCCUUCUUCCGACGAUAUGAGCAACAAAGCCAAGGCCCUUCGCUUCUGCCUUUGGAUCACAUGCUGUCGGAAGGAAGAUUCUUUGCCCAACCAGCCCCCCGUAACAGGCCCGGAAACCGAUCACAGCCUUCUGCCUGAGGGACUCUUGGGAGACAGCUGCGCAGCAUGCGGCAAGCAGGGCGCUACCAUGCGGUGCUCUCCAUGUCUCAUCAAGAACGGCGACAACUGCAGCCACGAGACCAUCAGAACACUCUAUUGCGACCGGACAUGCCAAGCUCAACCCUGGCCUAAGCACAGACAAAUCAGCCGCGUCGUCAAGCUCUACGAGGAAGAUUGGGAGCAUUUUAUGGACCUGACAGAGGCUCAUUUCAGACCCAAAAAUAUCAACAUACCCGUCUGCCGCAUGACACCAGACCGCGUCGAGUUCAGCGGGAUGCCUGGUCACAAUGUCCUACGUCUCACCCUUUCGGUUGGAAAGAAGCUUUGUCGCCCUGGGAAUCCCACCCUCAAGCACCGCGUCUCGACGACGAAUGCAGAGCCUCCGGUGGCGUAUUGUAAUCUCGGCCGGGACCGUCCAGGCCGAAUCUUUCAGGACAACUGGCCACCUGAUGUUAAACCUUCUUUUGAAAGUUCCCGCGUCUUGGCCGAGGUUGUCGCCCAAGGGGUUGGGCGGGAGCUCUUUCUGCGGUAUGGUCGCGUCGAGACAGCCUUGAAACUGGGCGACAAAGAGUUUCUUCCGCUUUCAAAGGCCUUGGCUGCGUCGAUGAAGAGAGGCCUCAACUUUGUUGCGAAGGGAGAUGGAUGGUGCGACCUCCGAGUCUAUGCCCCGUGGCUUCACGCAAUCCGGGUGCGCCACCUUCAGACGCCGAGUUAUGCACCGCUGCCUGCAUGA